UCGAGUUGAAUAAAGUCUUCCCGAUUUAUUUUUUGCACGAUUGUUAUUUCAACAGAAGUUUAAAGUGAAAGUAGUGACGUUUAAUCCUGUUAAAGUACUGAAGAUGACCUCGGUGCAGAUGGAUGUGCAGACCUACCUGACUCGCAUUGGGUUUGAGGGUCCAGCUGGGCCCAGUCUGGACACACUGAGGUCCAUCCACAUCUGUCACCUGCGGUCUGUGCCGUUUGAGAACCUCACUGUCCACAGCGGAGGACAAGUCCAUCUGGACCUCCCACUUCUGUACGACAAAAUCGUGAACCACCGCAGAGGUGGUUUUUGCUUUGAGAACAACGGGCUCUUCUCCUGGUUACUCUCCAAACUGGGCUUCCAGGUCACUCUGCUCUCAGGUCAGGUUAAAAAUGCCAUCACAGGUUGCUAUGGUCCACCUUUUGACCAUCUGGUCCUCAUGGUGACCCUGGAGGGACACCGCUGGCUGUGUGAUGUGGGGUUUGGGUCCCUUGGAUUCUUCAAGCCACUGUCAUUGGAGACAGAUGACCUCCAGGAGCAGGGCCACAGAGUGUACCGGAUCAGAAGGGACAACAGCACCGGUGUGUGCUUCAUGGAAUCACAACAAGAUGAAAACAAAGGAGCAGAUGGACUCUGGACACAGAGCUACAAGUUCACCUUUGACCCUCGGUGUUUGGAGGACUUCACCAGGAUGUGUCACUACCACCAGACCUCCGUCUCCUCCAUCUUCUUCUGUAAAUCCUUUUGCACCAUUUUGACUCCAGGAGGAAGGCUGACUUACAUUGGUCACAAACUGACCACCACCACAUUUCCAUCAGAAGAAACAGGUGGUGUGUUAGAAACUGAGACAAGGGAACUGAAGGAUGAAGAGAUUUCUCAUGUACUUGCAGAGAAAUUUGGAAUAAUACUUAAAUCUCCACUUAUUCCUAAAGAUGAGGCUAUCACACCACCUCCAGUCAUGUACUGAUUUGUGAAAAAGGAGAACUUCAUGUCUUAAUAAGUGCAUAAGGCUUUAAAACCUCUUGAGACCCAGCAAAACAAUAGGUCCACUGCAAAGGACAUUCCAUAAAAAAAAAAAAAAAAAAAAAAAAAAAAAACUUGCAUCAUGGUGUUUCAAAUUAAGACUAUUUUUUAAUGUAAAAAAGCCAAAACUUUCACUUUCCUGGGUCUCAGGAGGUUAAAUGAGCAUCUUAAACAUUCAGGUCUGAAUAGAGAAGGAUCUAUAUUCUUUACCAUUGUGAUAGUCACAGCCACACAGGGGUAGUUUUGAACACACUUCCGCCUCAUUGGUUUAUCACUCCACAUAGUAUAUUCUCAUUUUCAGUUACUUUUAGUGCAUCAUUACCACAUGGUCAUUACAGUUGCAGCCAACCACACAUUUAGUUAUUUAACAUACACAUUUUAGUUCAUUUUGCAUUUAUUUUAACCUUACACUGUUUUUAUGGCAUGCACACAUAACAGCACUGUAGGGUGACAAAAUUAUUUAUAUUAUUUGGUUAUAUUUGUUAUAUUAAUCCUUUUGCUCUUUUGUCUUUGAGUUACCAAGCAUGGUGGGAGCCCUUCCUGGUAUGGGGGUAAAGGUGUACCCAAGGGUGAAGCAAUGUUAAAUAGAAGAAGUCCAGGAGGUACUUGAAUUUUUUGGGGGAAAAUGCAUUACAUAAGUCAUCAUGUACUAAAUACAAAAUAGAUAAUGAGAAUUAAUGCUGAAAUAUAAAACACAAUAAAUACAUUCAUAUAAUAGUUUUAUUGUCAAUC